UAUGAGGAAAAGAAGGCCAAGUAUGACAGCUGUGCUGCAGGUCUGGAGAGUAACCAAUCCACUGGACCAGGAGGUGAGAGCUCUGAGGGAGGCGACGACUCGGGAGGAAAACUGAUACCACUACAUCAACUGCAUGAAAGAGAUCAUUGAGUUGCAAAUGCAGCAAGCAGCAGAUGAGAUGAAGGCCCCUGAUCCGCAAGAGAAGAGGAAAACCAUCAGGGAGCAGUACAUGAAGAACGUUGCAGAGCAGGAGUCCCUGGGCAAGAAGUUGCGUGAGCAGCAGAAGGCGGUGAGGGAGAGCCACAGGCCCAACAUGAAGCAGGUGAAGAUGUGGCUCGACCUGGAGCAGCUGAUGGUGUGCAAGCUUGGGUGCUUCCCGAGGGCCCAGAACCAGGUUUCCAUUGGUCAGGUCAUCCAGGAGGGCGGUGAGGAUAGGCUGGUGCUGUGAGAAUGAGGAGACUGUCAACGCAGGGCCAACUCUGGUACACUAAGCUCUACCACAAUGACCAGGACUUCUCACUCAUCUCACUACUGUACUUCGUUCUCCAGUUAUAGUUCAUCAGUCUGUCUCGCUUUUUAUCUAUUUUAGGUACUUUUCAUCUCUUAAUGUAAUCAAAACAUCUCUGCUUUCAUUGCCUAAAGUUAAAAGGAUUCAAUUCAACCAAUCUGUGUUGAUCCUGGUUUAGUUAGCUAGUUAUGUUCUCUGUGAAUAAUCCCAAACUAAGAUUUAGUUCCAUUUAACAGAUUUUUCUCCCGUGAGGAGCACCUUUCUGAUGAUGAUAUUGUGAGAGGUGCCUGAUGAGAACUGAAAGAACACAUGAUCCAGAAGGUGUCUGACGGAUAAGAGGUUUAACUCUCUGGCUCUUUGACUUCAAACAAAUCCUCAGCCUCCAUAUUUGUUGACACAUCUUUAAGAAUACAGCUCCAAUCUAUAUGUCUAAAGAUAACCGCGUACAAAGUGUUGCACUUGGGAAGCGGCUGCGCGCCGCUAUUUUGGGAAACAACUUCCAUGACCUUGGGCCGAGGAGCUUGCCUAUUUUGGAAAUCAAUUGGACCUCUGUUGUUAAAACAGGACAGUGCAGGGUGAACUGGUCCAGCAUUAUCAUCUUGCAUAUUGUAUAUUGGCCAAGUCUAUGCCCGUUUUAACACUUAAAAUGUAACGACUCAAUUUUUAAAACUUAUAUCACAUUAGCUACAUAAUAUCCUGUUGUAUUUCUCAUUUGACUUUGUUAGUACAAAUACAUUCUUAAAACAA